UGGCUGGAAGCGCCUCGGACGGGUCCGACCGCAGGGGGAGCGCAAGGCGCCCCGAAGCGAAGAGCCGCGCGGCAGGCCGGGAGGAGCAGAUCUGGCGCGGCUCGGAUUAAAAAGUGAAAUCCGGGGACUCUGGCACUGGCAGCAGCCGGUUCGCGAACCUUUUGCGCUCGCGGUUGAGUUGGAUGAAUGAAGAAGGAGAGAAUCAUGUACGCGAUGAGUCCGCGCUCCAUUUACAUAUCUUUUCACUUCUUUGUGCUCUGGUGUAAUGCCCAGGGGGAGAAUCACCCGUCUCCUAAUUUUAACCAGUAUGUGAGGGAGCAGGGCGCCGUGACCGACCAGCUCAGCCGGCGCCAGGUCCGAGUCUACCAGCUCUACAGCCGCACGAGCGGGAAACACGUCCAGAUCCACGGCAGGAAGGUCACCGCCACCGCCGAGGACGGAAACACCUUCGCCAGACUUUUCGUGGAGACGGACACCUUCGGCAGUCGCGUGCGCAUCAAGGGGGCCGAGAGCGGCCGGUACCUGUGCAUGAACCGCCGAGGGAAGCUCGUGGGAAAGCCAAACGGGAGGAGCAGAGACUGCAUUUUCACUGAGAUCGUCCUGGAGAACAACUACACCGCCUUCCAGAACGCCAAGUACGAAGGCUGGUAUAUGGCGUUCACCAGGAAGGGAAGGCCCAUCAAGGCCUCCAGAACCAGGGAGAACCAGAGGGAGGUCCACUUCAUCAAAAGACUGCACAAGGGCCCGCCACCCUUCCCCAACGUGGAUCGACCCAAACGCUUCGAGUUCAUCAGCUUACCAUCCAACCGCCGAGCCAAACGCAACAGGAAAUCGAGGACUUCUCCGUAACGCGCAAAGAGCUGUGCGCAGGACUGAAUGAACUCACUCUGAAAAAUAAUAAUAAUAGAAAGAAGCUAUUUUAUUUUUGUAUUU